GUAAAAAAAAAAAAAAAAAAAAAAAAAAAAAAAAAAACCCAAAUAAAAAGAAUAAAAAAAAAAACCAAAAGGGCUUCGCUUCUCCACCAUUUUCCCCAAUUCAAUCUUCCACAUUUUCAAUCAAUCAAACAAACCUUCUGAUCACUGUCCUCUUUCAUCAAUGGCGUAAUUCGUCAGUAACAAAUUAGUGUUUGUUUCGUGAGCAAUUGGAUCAUAUGAAGUGGUUAGAAACUUCUGGAAUCCGUGACUCAGAUGUGUUCUUGUACUCGCAUGUUGUUAGUGAUUACGGAGUUUUCCAGGUAAAUUGGGAGAGACAUAUUCUGGUGUCUGAUUGUUUAUAAUGGCUGAAGGCAACGAGUAUGUAGAACUUAAAUUCAGGAUAUAUGACGGAACAGAUAUAAGCCAUAGCAGCUAUUCAUCUUCAACUACUAUAACCGCUCUUAAGCAAAAGCUUGUUUCCGAGUGGCCUCAAGGUAAAUCUGUAGUACCCAAGACAGUGAAUGACGUAAAGCUCAUACAUUUGGGAAAAGUUUUGGAGAAUAAUAAGACAUUAUCAGAAUCUGGGGUACGUGAUGGCGGAUUUACAGGUGGAGUAAUCACAAUGCAUGUGGUUAUUCAACCCGUUAUCACUAAAAAAAAGUCAGCCAAAAAACAAGAUGAGGCACGGAAAUUGAAUUCAUGUGGAUGCACAAUCUUAUAGAUCGGUAACCAGGCUCAAUAUCGAGUAUCCCUUUGAUGUCGCAAAUAUUUGAAAUGGUCUCCUAUUGUAUUUGGUUCAUCUUUAAUCUUUCCGAGUGGGUGAUAUAUGUUUUGUGUGUGAAAUUGGACCAUUUUUUGGCCAAACUCACUAACCCUAAAGCUUGUAGAGCAAAAGUUUGUUUGAGGUGUUAAUGUAUGGUUUAUGUUUUGAUGAAUUUGAAUAAUUUGGAUAAACGGAAUUAGAUACGCGUUUAUAAAUAAAUGAGUUGAUUUGUGUUGUAUUUUA